AUGGAGGAGCUUCGUCAUGUGCACGUGGAGGUCUGCGUGAAGCAGGAGAGCGUUGCUGACUACGAGCAAGUGGGAUCCUUGAAAUUACCUGAGGAGCUGCCGCUCGCAGCACAUGUGGAUCGGAUUGAUGUGACGGAGUUUGAUGGCGAGGAGACCAGUGAGGCGGGUGUUCCGAGAUCAGAAGCUCAUUUGUUCGUACACGUGUUUAAGCUCAGUGAUGAGCCUCCGGCAGAGGAAACGGCUGACGAUGAGGACGUGGCGACUUGUCAGCAGACGAUUCUGCCUGCGACGAGCUUUGACGGGCUUUGGGAUUCGCUUAUCUUCGACACUGGAGUGAAGCGAAAUGUGCUGGACUAUGCUAUGACCGCAAUGUUAUUCUCAGAUUCCAAAGUGAACCCGCAUAUCAUAUCAUGGAACCGAGUCGUGUUGCUACAUGGCCCACCGGGAACGGGAAAGACAAGUCUGUGCCAAGCACUGGCCCACAAGCUAAGCAUUCGUCUCUCAUCUAGAUACCCGAAUGCAGUGCUCUUGGAGAUCAACGCCCACAGUCUGUUCAGCAAGUGGUUUUCAGAGAGUGGGAAGCUCGUGAUGAAGCUCUUCCGUCAGAUUCAGGAGCUGGUGGAGGAUGAGGAGUCGUUGAUCUGUGUUUUAAUCGAUGAGGUGGAGUCACUUACGGCAGCUCGAAAGUCUGCUUUAAGCGGAGCGGAGCCGUCUGACGCGAUUCGCGUGGUCAACGCAUUGCUAACGCAGCUGGAUUCGUUGAAGCGACACUCAAACGUGUUGAUCCUCACUACGUCAAACAUCACCGAAGCCAUCGAUGUGGCGUUUAUCGACAGAGCUGACAUCAAGCAGUACGUUGAGCCACUUUGA